AUGACCCAUGACGAUGAAGCUGGCGUUAUGGUUAAGUCACCUGGUUUCAGGUACAAGACAUUUAAUUCUAAAAAACGGCGCAAGAGAUGCAAGACUAAUGGAAAGUCGAUUACCGAGAAUGAUGUGAUCAAUUCGAUAGAGAUGUCGAGACAGUUGUUGAUGGAUAGUCAGUUCUACAUGGAGCUCAAAGAAUCUUUACAGAAGCAUCUGUCCACCCAUUCCGCAUCGGUUGUAGACAUUGUAUGCUAUGGCAUAGGCAGCAUUGAAUCAUCUAUUCUAUCGCGAUACCAACUUGCUCUUGCAUUGCUUUUGAGGGAAUUAUUACAGAGAGGGCAGCGAGUGAUUUCGCAACCGACUUUGUUUUUUAUGCCACACUGUCCUCUUUCUCUAUACGAUAACGUUCUUUCUGCCAACUGGGAAAAGCAUAGGCUUGAGCAAUUGAUUAUGAUUGGUAAUAGGUUUGAUUUUUAUGAAGAAUCGCACCUUACGUCUCUCGAAUAUCCUUUAAUAUCUAUCGUUGUUAAUCUUUAUGCAAUACAACGUUAUUCGUCCUAUACAAAUUCAAAUUACGCUCUGAGCCAUGUUCAGAUUCUUCCCUUUCCAACUGUAACUAAUGAGCAUUCGCGCUCUAUUCCAUCAACUGCCUUUAGUGACACGUCAUGGCAAUGGUUUGCCUUUACAUCGGCAAUAGAAAACGACACUACGUUUUGGGAUUGUAAGACAAUCAAGGAAUAUCAAGAUCCAGAACUUUUAUAG